AUGCUUUUAGAACAGUAUGAGCGCUCGAAAGAUCCCGAACCAGUACAGCUGUCAGAAGUUCAAAUGUUAACGGAAAAUUUAGAAAGAACCAAGAAGAAGCUUUUUGAGGCAUCAAAUUUCAAUCUCCAACUGAAAAAUGAACUUAAAAUUGCCCACAAAUGUCUCCAGCAUGAAAUCGGAACUGAUUCCGUUAAUUUCUCACAAAUUUUAAAUUCAACUUCUAAUUGGCGUGGACGUGCUCAACAGAUUCAAAUGCUGCAAUCCAAAAUUGCUGAACUAAGAGACAAACUAGAAAAUACUGAGACUGAUUCCUUUGAUGCCAAUUCACUACCACUUAGACGCAUGGAAAGUGUCAGAAAACACGAAAUUGACUCAUUAACAAAAGAGCUUGAUGACUGCAAGAAUGAACUUGAUGAUUUGAAGUAUAAAGUUUCAGCAUUAAAGAUCCGAAACAAGAAUCUUUCAGAAGAAGCAAAUAACUACAAAUUCAAAACAUUGGAUUUAAUGGAAAAGUCCAGGAAUGAUGAUGAUUAUAUCAAAUGUCUGAAUGAGAGAAUAUCAAUGGUCAAGUACGAAUGCGAGCAUAAAAUCACUGAAAUGGAAAAGGAAAUGACAAAAAUGAGAGAAAUGUGUGAUGAUUCAAAAUUGGAAGUAGAAAAGCUCACAUGUGAUUUAGAAAAUGCAUCACAGCUCUUAUCAGAUAAAGACCGUGACAUUUCAAGUCUCAAAAGCCUUAAUGAAGAUCUCGAAAAUAAUCUCAGAAAUAUUUCCGGUGAUUUUCUCUUCUCAUGCCGCAACAUGAGUAAAAGUGAUUACGUUAAUUUGAUCAGCACACUGGAACAAGAGAAAAAUCGUUUAUUGAAUAUUAUUGAAGAGCAGAAUAAACAGCUCAACAAGCAAUCGCUUUUGGAAAGUGAUCAGCAUGACAUGAUUGCAAAGCAGCGAGUCAAAAUUGCACGUUUAGAUGCUAAAUUGAAGGAACUGGAGAAUGAGAAAGAAGCAAUCAAGACGAAGCAUCGUCGUGGAAUAAGAAUUAAUGAAUAUUCGCGGUCAUUGAGUGGAAUGAAUGUUAAUAAUAAUCGUCCAGUGACAAAAUCAAGUGAACGGCUUACGUCUGAAAUAGAUCGACUAAAAUUUAAACUCGAAUAUGCGACAGAGCGUAUAGACUAUCUAGAGAAGAAGCUUCAAUCACAAACGGCUGAUCGGGAAGAAGAUUGUAAGAAAUUUAUUGAUAUUAUGGGCAAGUCAAAGGAGUGCUUUAAAGAAAUCUUUAAUGAGACGAAAGAUGUGACAUCAAGCUAUGCUGAUACAACUUUUGGUACGAUCGAUGAUGCUGAAAGUAAGGAUUAA